ACAGAACAUCAAUCUCUCCCCAUUUCCCAUCUUCUCACCUCCCAAUUCCCAAAUUCUUCCCCCCCACUUCCAGCUUAUUACUCUCCCAUGGCUGCUUUGACUUCGAUUAACGGUGGCCGCUGUGAGGCCGGUGAAGUACAUGUCAUCAUUGGCCCCAUGUUUGCUGGCAAAACCACCGAUUUACUCCGUCGUAUCGAAUCUGAGAGCAGCAGUGGCAGAAAUGUGGCAAUGAUAAAAUCAAGCAAGGACACAAGAUAUGCAAACGAUUCGGUGGUCACACAUGAUGGCUUGAAAUUUCCUUGCUGGUCUUUGCCAGAUCUCACCUCUUUCCAUCACAAGCUUGGAGAUGAUGAAUAUCACAAGCUUGACGUGAUUGGCAUUGAUGAGGCUCAAUUUUUUGAAGAUCUUUAUGAAUUCUGUUGCAAGGCUGCUGAUCAUGAUGGGAAAACUAUAAUUGUAGCUGGCCUUGAUGGGGAUUAUUUGAGGAGGAGCUUCGGAUCUGUGCUUGAUGUAAUACCUCUUGCUGAUACGGUAACAAAGCUGACUGCAAGGUGUGAACUUUGUGGCAAGCGAGCCUUCUUUACCUUGAGGAAGACAGCAGAGACCCAGACAGAAUUGAUUGGAGGAUCUGAUGUCUACAUGCCUGUUUGCCGCCAGCACUAUGUCAGUGGGCAAGCAGUCAUAGAAUCAACAAGGAACGUCCUUGAAUCCUAUAAGGUUUCCCACUGACUCCCAUAUUGAGGUAGCUGCAGUCAUGUAAUGUGCUGACUGGGAGCCCACGCGUGGCUUUCCCAUUAGUUAUCUUUUUUAUCUGCAGAUUGCAGUUUAUGUACAAUGCUGAAUUGGGGGCUUCCAUGGUUCCAGAUAAGUUGAAAACAUCAAUGUACUGAUCAUAAUAUAUAGUAUGGAAUGAGAUUUCUUACAUAAAAUCUUUGUUCAUUUACUGGUAAAUUCAAACAUUUUUCACUGGAGAAGUUCAUUAUUGGCACUUGAUAUAGAAUGAAGUAGCUGAAUCCUCACCAAUUAAUGAUAUCCCUGGCAAAUUAUAGAGCGAGUGAAGUUUUCAAUUCAUAGAAUGUGGGCUUGUUUGAGAGUACAAUAAACAUUACCUUUUAAAAUUAUGUGAAUGUAUGAUAUUUUCUUUCUUCGCAAUUCCACGAAAGACCAAAAACUUAGGAUGUAUAAAGUUGAAUUGUAUUUUAGAAUUUAGCUUCUAUGGAUUUAGCAAUGUUUUAUUUUGUUUCAUUUACCAAUAUCAACCUUGUAUUUAUAAAAAUGCCUAUUUUUCUAGUUUUUUUAACCCUUUAUUUUCCGCUCAAAAACAAGAGAGACAUGACUUAUGACGAGAAAUAAAAGCUUAGUACAAAUCUUCAGAGCCUACCUUCAGAGAAACCGGACAACAUUGCACAGGCAAUAUAAAAGAGGAGUUCAUCACUCUCCCAACAUGAUGAUGGGAGCUGGAUAGGUCUGUUACCAACUAUAUGAAGAGUUUAAGCAAGAAUAAGAGAAAAGCUGAACUUGCCAUUCAACAGAAGGUCUCAACACUAGUUGUUAGGCUGUUAUUCACACAUUGGAAAGUGAAUUCUCUGGAUGGGUAAACCUCUUCUUAUUCGAGCAAGAAACUAACACCAUCCAGUGUUCAAGAUCCAGAUCUCUAUCGAGAUUGUUGAGCCUGGUGAGAUGAUUUGAUAACAUGGGAUUCUUGGAUACAAUUGAAUUCAAGAUGAUGGCUAGGGUUCAUGUUUGGAAAAGAGAUGAUCUGAUCACAUUUAUUUUCUUUUUUUAAUAUAACAAUAUACAUUUUGAAUAACGGUUGUAUUUUAUUUUUAAUGAUUAGCACAAUCACCGAGUAAUCAAUUGGAUUACUUGAUGAUAAGUUAAACUAUAUAUUACGAUAUAAUAAAUAUAAAUGUUUUAUAGUA